AUGCGGGGCCGCUCACCUGAGCAGCCGUCGACGUAUCUCGUUCCUCCGCCCACUUGUGGCGGUUGCGUAUCUGGUAGCGGCACGCGGCGUAGCAAGGGCGUAGCGCGGUGCCGCGCGGCUCUACUGCCGGCCGCCGUCCGCGCGCUACGGGCGCGGCGCCGCACGCAGGCGCGCUACGACUCACGUAGCCCCCCGUCC